CCGGGAGUCAUGGACCCCAGACUGGUAGCCUUUGUGCUCCUCACCGCGACACUCGUCGUCGGCACCGUCUACUCGAUCUCCAGCAACACCUACCUCGACACCUCCGACCCGUUCCUCACCGACCUCCCGCACCACCUCAGCCAGACAGACUACUUCGCCUCCAAGUCCAACAUCCUAAACGUCUACUUCAUCAAGUGCGCGUGGGCCUGGACCUCUGCUGCCUUCGUCGCGCUCUGGGCAACCACCCCGCGCAGGCAGCGCACCGUCGUGCCGCGCCUGCUGCAGUACGCCCUCGCCACCGCCGUCUGGCUCGGCUUCACCAGCUGGUUCUUCGGCCCGGCUCUCAUCGAGCGCUUCGUGGCCGCCUCGGGAGGCGAGUGCGUCGUGUCCCUCCCGACGGGCGCGAUCGUGUCGGUGCCGAACGAAUACUGCUUCACCAAGUCCACCAUCUCGCCCACUACGCACCCGGGCUUGUUCGGCGCCGUGCUCGUCCUCCCCGAGAUAGACUGGCACGGACGUCCGCGCUUGCGCAGGGGACACGACGUCUCGGGCCACGUCUUCCUCCUCACGCUAUCCACCCUCUUCCUCGCCGACCAGCUGAGGUCGUCGCUCCGCGCGCCCUCUUGGCCGCAAGCACACAAGGUGGCGCUCGGUUUGAAUGUGGCUCUUAUUGGAGUGUGGAUGUUUGCAAACUAUACUACAAGUGUGUACUUCCACGCCCCAUUUGAGAAGGUCACCGGAUAUCUCCUAGGUCUCGCCGGGUUUGCUCUUACCCAGGUUCCUCUCCUACUUGCCGCACCGAAGCCUGUCAAGACUCGGUAGAAGAAGCGAUACGUCCGUUGCAGUACCAGCCUUUUUCAUCCGUCAUGGGACAAUAAGAAGAAUAUCAAGGACAUCAUCUCACUAUCAUCUGAGGCACAUGUAGCUUAGAUCUUCCCUAUUUAGCUCAAGUGUGGAAUUAAUGUAAGAUGCAUAUUAGAUCGUAUCAGUCGCCUUUUC